AUGGCCCAGGUUUUGGGCACCCCUUCUAAUAUCAAUGAAUACAUCCCAAAGAGCAUCUCUACCAAAUUUCACACUGGUAUCCGCCACGUACCUUUUUGACACUAAGGCCCCAGACUACAUGGAAAGGAGGGGAGAAAGGGAGGGUGAAUUAUUAAAAUAUGGGAACAUGUCCCCUGACUGCUUUGUCCUCUUGUAGCAGACUCAGGAGGAGGUUCCCCUCAGGCCACACAGGGACCACAACCACAGACUGCCCACUGCUACAACUGCUCUAGAAGAAGACACCAUGGCCAUGUGAGACAACUACAUCUGGUGUCUCUCUUUCUUUCCUCUAUCUCUUGGACAAUAAAAUGUUAUUUUAGACAGAGUACACACUCAUUCUAGAUAAUGUGGAUAUCUCCCUUUCCCUCUGUCUGUAUUGCCCCCCCCUCUCUAUUUCUCUCAGGAGUGUACUCAGAGGAGGAUGGUCAGUGGGACAUUCCCCUCUAUCCCCUACGUCUGUCAAUACGACAAGCAGGGCAUCCUCAAACUGAACACCAAGAUACACAGAAAGGCCAGAGGUGACAAACUACAGCAUGCAUUGUAUAUGUUGUAGAACUUGAGCUACAGGAGGGCUUUAUGCCUCUUUUAGAGCACCAGAGGACUCCGUGACACCUGGGGGCAGUGGUGAGAAGCGGCCCUCCCCAGCUCCAGGGAGGAGGAGAAGCCUGGCGGGACGGAGGGAGGGCAGGAGGAAGACAUGGCCGGAAAGACAGGAGGUGAAGAAGCUGAGGAGAGAGGCCCAAGCCAGGAGGGAGGUUGGGAUGACCAAAUGGGGCUCAGACGAGGUUUACCCCCAGAGAACCCAUACUCCCCCUCAGAAGACGAGAUGCAGUGAGGAGAGGAAGGAGCACAGGAGUGAGGAGAGGAGUAGGAAGAGUAGAGAAGCAGAG